AUGGCUUCGCUGGGCGCCCCUUAUGAGAAACGGCACAAGGUGACCGUCGUCGGCUCUGGCAACUGGGGCUCCACCAUCUCCAAGAUUGUCGCCGAGAACACAAAGGCGCACCCCGAUAUCUUCGAGACCGAAGUGCAGAUGUGGGUGUACGAGGAGGAAGUUACCAUCCCAUCCGACUCGCCACACUAUGACCCCUCGGUGGGCGAUGCGAAGCAGAAGCUUACGGGCAUCAUCAACAAGUACCACGAGAAUGUCAAGUACCUGCCCGGUAUCCGACUCCCGGACAACGUUGUUGCCAACCCCGACCUCAUCGAUGCCGCUAGGGACUCGACGAUCCUCGUCUUUAACCUGCCGCACCAGUUCAUCGACAACAUCUGCAAGCAGCUGCGUGGCCACAUUGUCCCCUAUGCGCGCGCCAUCAGCUGCAUCAAGGGCGUGCACGUGUCCGACGACGGCGUGUCGCUCUUUAGCGAGUGGAUCGGCGAAGGGCUGGGUAUCUACUGCGGUGCGCUGUCCGGGGCCAAUAUCGCCAACGAGAUCGCUGCCGAGAAGUGGUGUGCCACUACCAUCGCCUACGAUCCUCCUCCUGUCGAUGCCAGCCGUAACCCCACGCCUAGGACGCAGAGCCCCGCCGCUAACCAGGCCAAGUUUGACCUUAACAUCACGCCCAUCAACGUCGACAGCGCCUUGGCGCACAAGGACGCGAGGGGAAGGACAAGCAAGGUGAAGCUCACGCCGGUCCCGACCGAAUUCCCGCCGCUGGACCACAAGACCUUCAAGGCGCUCUUCAGGCGGCCCUACUUCCACGUGCGCAUGGUGUCGGAUGUGGCGGGCACGUCGCUGGGCGGCGCGCUCAAGAACGUGGUCGCGCUCGCCGCUGGCUUUGUGGUGGGCAAGGGCUGGGGCGACAACGCCAAGUCGGAGAUCUGCCGGCUGGGCAUCGUCGAAAUGAUCAAGUUCGGCAAGGAGUUCUUCGGGCAGACGGUCAACACGGCCACAUUCACUGUCGAGUCGGCUGGCAUGGCCGACUUGGUGACGUCGUGCUCGAGCGGACGCAACUUCCGCUGCGCCAAGAUGGCCGUCGAGCGCGGUGUCAGCGUCGAGGAGAUCGAGCGCACCGAGCUCAACGGCCAAAUGCUCCAGGGCACCUCCACCGCCAAGGAGGUGAACAGCUUCCUCAAGACGAGGGGCCUGGAGCACGAGUAUCCGCUCUUCACCGCGGUUAUUGGUAUCCUGGAGGGCAAGUACAGUGUUGACGAUAUCCCGGAGCUGGUGUCGGAGUCGGAGGACUGGUACCUUGAUGGAGACCUGGUCCGGAACUAA